ACAGAGAAGCCAAUUGAUCUCUGGAUAGUUUCUCUUAGGUUUUCUUUUCAAGCCCUUACCUCUGAUUUUGUAGUAGAUAUCUUGCUCUUGCAGAUCAUUUCAUCAAACCCUAUGCCAAUGUAUAAAGGAAAAUGUUUUGCAAAGAAUUCGUGGGCACGGUGGUCGAAAGAAGAGGUUGCCGGAGAGGAAGUACUCUCUUGAACUCGAAGUGAUUGAGUUGCUCAAUGAUCGCUGUAACGACUAGAUUUAGAUUUCUGCGAGAGACUCAUGGACAUCCCCCUUCUCUCUCUCUCUGAGCAAUGGAUGGAUUGAGCAGAUCUGUCCCAUCCUCUCGAGCGACCAUCGAGACAGUGGACGAGGUGGUCGUCGUGGAAUCGCAACCACCGUGGGUGGUCGCGACCAUUGCAGAGGUGGUUUGUAGAGGCGUGACCAAAUUUUUAUAUGCCAUUGAAUUCUGAUUACUAGUAGACAUUGGAAGCUUAGGUGAUUAGGGGGCAAAAGCGAGCAGAUUCCUCUUCAGACAAGAUUAUAGAAUCACUACUUGGCCAACCGGAAGUGGAUAAACAAUCCGCUGAAUAUCCAAAAGGUGAUCAAGAAUGCAAUAUUCAUAUUCCAUAGAUUUCCAUGUGAGACACGAUCCAAAGAGGUGGGUUUGACCCGAAAUUGGCAACAUAUUAAUCUGUGAGUGCAGCUGAUAAUUCCAUAUCUUUGGCCAACGACUCAUAUUGGCCAUUCGACCAAAUCAAGUCAAAGCCAAUGUACCCGGAUAAAUAAGAUCACAAGCCCCUUCUGAACCUAGUAUUGUGUAGCUUCUCCCUUUGGAUUGAUCACUUGAAGGUUAAAGAUGGCUUCAAGAAACAACUCCAAGAAGGCGACAAAGGGCCGACAAAAGAUUGAAAUCAAGAAGAGGGAGAACGUCGACGACCGCCGCGUCACCUUCACCAAACGCCGCACGGGUUUGUUCGAAAAGGGCGCUGAGCUCUGUAUUCUGUGCGGGGCGCAAGUAGUCAUAAUAACAUUUUCGGAGGGCAAGAAGGCCUUUUGCUUCGGGCAUCCGGAAGUCGACAGAAUCCUCGAAGGCUACCUUGAUGGAGCUGCCGGUGUGGAUCCCACUGGCAGCGGUGACAGUGGCGGUCGAGGAAGAGAAGGAGAAGGUGGUAGCGGCAGCGGCGACAAUGCCUACUUGCAGAGUACGCACGAGUCGAAACAGCGUUAUUUGGAAGCGAUGAAGCAGCUAGAGAAAGAGAAGGCGGAUCUAAAGCAGAUGCAAGGAAGUGGAAGAGCUGAGAAUGGAGGGUUUUGGUGGGAGGAGCCAAUCGAACAUUUGGAGUUAGAAGAGCUUGAGUAUUUCCACAAGUCCUUGGAGAAGCUUACCGGGAGCGUAUUGACGAAGCUUGAUCCAGCACAAAGCCAAGACUCUGCACUUGUGUUGCAACACGAUGCGGCGACGGGCGACAGAUGGUUCGCGCAAGAUCCAUCUAGUUCUUGGCCCUUGCCCUUAGGGAACAAUUCUAGGGGACAAUUCUAAUGUAAACUAUGACAGCAUCAUCUUUGCUCAUCAUAGCGCAGACGUAGCCUUUAACGCCCCCCACUCCAGAUACCAAAUCUUAAAGGUAUACCAUAGACAAGCCCCCAUCUACCUAUGAUUUUCUAUUACUAGAUCGAAUUUCAACAUCGGUGAAUUGAUUA